AUGAGUUGCGAUGUGAACACAGCGUCACCCUUUGCUGCUGUCAAGAAAAUGGCAACACCGACCCGGCGAGCUGUAGACUACCUGAAAGGAACUUGGCGACGACUCAGCAAGACACCCAAAAUCACCACCCGCCCUCUGCAAAUCUCUUCACCUCUUCCUUUUCGCGGCCGUUCUGGCGUGUGUAUGGACCGCACUCAGCUCAACGACGUGGCAAGCGACGACGACCUGACUAUUGUCCCCUCCAAUUUUUCUGAUUACACGUCUACCACCAGUUCUGAGCAUUCGCCAGCCAUCCAAGAUUCCGACUGGCGUCACUUCAUCGACACUCCCAUGCAGAGCAGUCCCUCGGCAUUUCUUGGGGGCUGGUCUGAGGCCUGGUGUCCAUCCAGCCAGCGGGGCAGGACUCGAAGCAACAGUGUUCUUACGACCCCUUUCACCAUCAUCGAGUCUGUCCAUAGUGUUGGCGAGAAGUACAUCAAUGAUAAGAUGGAGGUAGAUUCCAUAGCUUACGCCACACCUCCCGCCUCGGGUACCAUCGACCACUCCAAGAAAGACUCCUUCCUGCGCUACAGAGAACUGCCCGACGAGAGCACUGUGGGCAGCCGUAUGUCAGUCAUCACGCCUACGCCGGCAAUUCGCCCAACUGCCCGCUCCCCGCAUCGGCGUUUUAGCGAGUCCGUCAUUGAUAAUGCCACCGUCGCGGACCUGGACAAGCUGAUGGAGAACGCCCAUGUGGAGGCGGAUGCGUCUGACCGUCGCCCUCGGGCCAACUCGGCAGAUACCAGCGAUAAGUGGUCGUUCAUCUCGGUCCGCGGCGAAUCAACCACCAACGAUCUUUUCCAAUACGGUACAGCUGAUCUACCUGUCAGCAAGCGCCGCAAGGUUUCCAGGCAGGAGGCCCCCAAUAGAGUGUCCAUUCCCAUCGUGAGGGGUGAGAGCGAGGUCCAGCGAUCGAAGACCGUCCGAACCCACCCUCGUUACUCGGGGGCUCAGAGUUUUGAUCCUCGUCGACGAGUACUCGACACCCCCCAUGGACCGGCUGUCUUCAUUCGUCCAUCGCACCUUAUGGAGAGCUAA